AUGAUGCUAAUAUCAAAUUUCCAGCUAUGUCUCGCGCACUUUUGCGAGGUGCACGGCCCUACGCCGCUAAUGGUCACAGAGGGCCUGCCCGUAAAGUGCAGCUCUUGCGACGACCAUGACGCACCCGAUAUCAUGUCCGCUGUCGCCUCAGCGGUAUCCUCCAUCACAUCCUCGCCUUCCUCCUCAUCUACACCUCACGCCGCCGCCACAGCAGCGACCGUCGCAGUUGCCGGUGCACUCCGUAAGAUGAGCCUUGGCCAGCCGUCACUGCGCAGUCUACCUGACAGCGAAGACCGGCCAUCGUCACCUGCGGAUAUCCCGACAGCAAGUGCUUCGCGCCGCUCUCCUCGCUCCUCGGCAUCACCAAAAGACGUGCAGAAACAGGCGCAGACCCAGCCAAUACCGUCUCAAAAAUCACGCGUAGAUCCCGCGACGAGCAACUUUCGCAAAACCUACGACGAGUCGGUCACAAAGCGCGCGAUCCCUUGUGACAACUGCGCCAUGACACUUCCCGGUGGCAUCAACUCUGGUAGCAACACGGGAACAAGGAACCCCAAUGGCGGCGGCAGCACCAGUGCGCCUGGCAGCAGUAACACGGAUACUCGUAAUCCUACGCUGCGGACGCGUGUCCCUUGCGCGCGCGUGUAUGACGGCGCACCAGGUGAUGCUUCGCCCCGCCUCCUCCAUCCUUCCUCAUCCUCUGCGUCAUCGUCGACAUCUUCCGACGCCGAGGGCGACGAACGGCAAUCAUCACAACUCCAUCGCAACCACCACCGCCGUACGGGUACCAUGACGUCCGUAGGGACAUCACGCUCCAGCACGUCAUCGUCGGCAUCUCACCUAAUGAGCAGCCAUACCCACUACAUGAACUACACGUCGACGCACGAGCCUGUGUCGGCCAAAGCCUUUGGCAACAUCCGCGCUUCGUGCCUGCGCACACUCACCUUGGAGACACUCCCACGCAGCCCGGCGUCAUCAGCCAUGGCAGCCAGCGGCGGUAUGUUUGCGACCACGUCGCAGCCUACAACCCCUCUGCCGCUCGGGGCCACAUCCUACUUUACCUCUAAUCCCCACAGCGCCGCCAGCGCGUCGGCUACAGCUGCAGCAGCUGCUAAUGGUGGCCCCUUGUUCUUCGGCGACUCGGAGACCGGCUACACGACUGCCCAUGUGUUCCGUGUGGCCGACGUGCACGCCCGCGGCCAUAAGCGUAUGUAUGCGCUCAUCGCGCUCAACACACACCGCGAGCGCACGGCUAUGAAGGCUUUUGGCUUCGUCUCGGCUGCCUUCAACGACUUGGCCACCUGGAUCCAGCACCUGGCCGAUGCGGAGGCAGAGCGUGUUGCGCCGCACAAUGAGUCGCCGGCCACGUCUUCACCCUCGGGCGACAGCAGUCCGUUGGCAAACACGAAUCCAGCUUUCGGUUUCGAUCGCUCGCCGCAUGUGUCCCCACCACCCACGCAGCCAUCGUCGGUCGCCAACGACAGCGGCAGUAGCUUCCUCGUCGCUGCGGGCAAUGGCCUAUCGCGCCGUAUGGGCCCUGGUUUUGCAGGCUAUGGCGGUCUCGGCAGCUCGACUGCGGCGUCGGUGCGUGCCCGUGGACUUCCUGAGAUCCUAGGUAUGCCUGACUUCUUUAUCGAGCUGCACGCACGCUUUGUGCGUCUCCUUUUGGAGUUGGGCGUGGCUCUGAACCAGUGA